CAAGGCUGCGAGCUAAGACUAUUGCGAGAGCUAGGACUAGAUGCGAAAUUGGGUUGGUUCGAACUCGCUCUGUUCACCACGAUGGAGUGGUGCCGUCGUCUCGUGGUUGUCUGUGCUCGAAUGAUGAUGCUACUGACAUGCUGUGCUGCUCUAUCCUAACCUGGCUGACUAAGCUCUCGGAAUCGUCCGUAUGGGGUCUUCUGCUCUACCCCUGCCCUAGGACCCCCUACUCCAACGUGCGUGGCACAAUCGAGAACUUCCUCGACGCCGGUGCGAGUUUCCUUGUAGCCGCUCAUGCUGCAGAACCAGCUCUUGCCCUCGCAGACUUCGAGACUGCCAUUAGAUCAGGGAUUGAUGACUGGGUAGCGCGUGUGUCGCUUCAGCAUAUCGAUUCUGCAUGCGUCUCGAUUGAGGCGUGCGCCUCUGCGUACUCCUCGAGAGCGCUGAAAUCUUACCGUGGAAACCCAGAGAAUUUGUCGAUCAUGCUUCUCACACUUUUCGAGCUCUGGGUAGCCAUCGAUAAGAUCGUCGUCAGACAAAUACCACUCCUGGCAGAAUAUCCCCCCGAAAUUCCAUCGACCCUUUGGGAGUGUCUUUUAUUUCGCAAACCUUCAGCUCUCGAUCGUCUACAAGAGUUAAAUGCCUACCUUCAAGCUCGUCAUUGUGCUUCCAGGUAUCCGUCGGUGUUUUUGUCCAUGACCGAUAGCAACUCAUUCUCCGUGCGGUAUUUUCACGAGUCUUCAAAGUUGCAGAAUUUGAAACUCCUCAUCGAGACGCAUGCUCAGAUAGAGCGGGAGAAGAAGUUGAUUGAGCUCUCGACUCUCAAUCGGCGGUACGCUGGCCUAAAUGUGCAGGCAGUAACCUUAUCGCAUGAAUACACCACCAACUUCCGCGGCAAUGAGCACCAUGACAAGAAAAGCUGUCAAAAGUGUCAACUGGAGCAAGAGAUGCAGUCCAUGUCUAUCGCAGUUCACGAGUGGCCGCUACCAGCCAACGAGAAAGAGGCAAUCGCGGUUGUGUUUGAGCUGGUGUGCCCCACAGCCUUCGACAUGUGGAGAUGUAUGACAUUGCAUGUCCUCGUCGACAUCUGCACUCCAGAGAAGAUUUUGCCCACUCAUCCCUUCAUGACACUGCCGAAAUAUAGCGCCCUACAGAGAUACCGCAAGUGCCAUCCAAGGCAGAGGCUGACUUUGGCUUCGGAUGCCAAACCCUUCAGCAACUCCCAUUACAGUCGCAAUCACAUUCCCACAAUAGAAGACAGUGUAUGUGUCAACAACGGCCUCGUAUUUCGGCCCUUCGAUACAGCCACAAAUGCCUGGGCGGCCAAAGUAGUCCUAUUGCAGUACGAUUUUAGGAAGUUGUGCACUUUUAUUCUUCCCAAGGGACCCUAUCAUGGCUUGCAGCAAUACGUUGCGGAAACGUCCCAUUCGUCGAACGAGGUCAUAGCCAACCAGGCUGAUUGUCACAAGGACAUGACCAUUCACGAAUAUAUCGCAUUCGGAUCCCUGCGGAGUGGACCGCGAUUGCAAUGGAUGAAUAUACUACGUGAACUUCGUGCAAGGACACUCAAUUUUCGACGGGAGGAAGUCCAUCUGCUCUUAACACAGGCCAUUUCACAAGUUGGCCCACUUUCAUCUAACGAGGGCCUUCUGUGGCACGAGGAGCUGAAUAACAUGCCCUUCCUUAGUACGCUACUUGGAGAGCUGGAGAUUUUGGCGGCCACAAUUGAAGAAAAUUGGUUGGAAGGUGUCACGAUAAGCACUAUCAUCAUGCUUGUGUGCCGUAUCUUGUCCUCGACUCAGGUAGAGAGUAUCAAAAAUCGCGGACAUUCACUACUUCGAAGGAUACGAGCUACGACCUUCACCUUGCUGAUACAGCUAUGGACAAAAAUGCAAGCCAGCAACGACUCAGACGCGACGGUCAAUCAGGAAUUACAAGGACGCGUUCGUGAUAUGGCAGUCACCUGUCGUAGCACCUUCGAUGUUGAUGGAGAUGCUUCACUGCUCCUGACGUCGAAUAAUGACAUCAAGACGUUUGCAUACUGUGGCGUCAUGAUAAAUGACAACACUCCAAGCGAACUGGGCGAACUUACCCAACAUUCCAAGCUGCUGCUCGAGCGAGAUAAAAGAUGCUGUCUCAGAUUAGAAGCUGCUGUUCGCCAAUAUGCAGAGCUUCAUAGGGAGGGUCUUGAUUGUGCAGUCGCGGAGGUGUGGUGCAGCUACAGACCGGGGAGUCCUUGGAAGGCAUUACCGGCUUCAAAAUCUCGUUGGCUUGUGUCACACACCGCGCCUUCGUGCACUCAAUUACCGCAAGUUGUGCACUUCAAUCUGGUCAGCGGGAGCUUGCGUGUCGACGGGAUAAAGCUGGGUAGGCUCCCGUCAAUGAUAGUGCAACAUCCCACAUACCGAUCAAUGUUCGGUAAUCGAGUUUUUGAUGUCGUCCCUGCUGAUAUUCCCGGAAUGGAUUAUUCGACACGGACGAAUUUCUGUGACCAUCAGGUGUCUUUCGCUCUUCGCAACUCACAUGAUCUCAUCAUCCGUGUCAAGCAUAUUGACCGAGGCUCGCCUAUUCUUCAACUCAUUCCACACAAAAAAUUUGUCGAUGACCUACCAACAACCUUGAUAGAAAGCCAUACUCAUUGGCUCAACCUGGACAUGAGCGAAAUCGAGAUUCGGCCAGCAGAAAAUGCGUGGAAGACUUCCCCUGAAAAUUGGCUCUUGCGAUUUUCUGAUUCGGGCCCCUCCACAAUGGAGAGGGCUAGCAGUGCCAUCCUCAUUGACAUACGUAGUCGAACGUGGGGCAUGAUCUCCAAGAGGUUGCGUCCGCUGGAGGAUACCCGCUACAUCGUGGUCACAUAUAAUGAAGCACCAGGGGGUACUUUCUCCUCGCUGAAGGUUGACUUACCUCGAUACGGUCUUGAAUUUUUCGUCGACGAGGAUGGAGAAUUGCAGUCUCGCAACAUGCGCAACAUGGUCGUCGACACCAUUCAGUCGACUGGAACGAUGUUGGGAUUAAUCAACCAGCUUGUCUUGCGUCCGAAGUCGCAAAUUGCAGACGAGCAUCCGCGCACUGUCAUCAUCCCAGACGGUUGCAUCUCACAUUCCGCUCAUGGUCAUCACGUCCGGGUAACCAUCGCUCCCGAAGGCCCCCGAGUGGCGUACCACUUGUACAGGGCUGAUGUAGACCUACGCUGUCUCACUGGGAAUGUAGGUCUGACCAGCAAGCUCUAUCAAGCGCUCCUCCACGCUAUUACCAGCGGCUGUCUCCCUGAUCCCCUGACGGGUCGAACAGGAACAGAGGAGGCAUUGCAUCUUUUGCAUUCUGCAGCUUGCCAGUCUUUCAUGAAGCUCCGCAUUCGUGACACAGACCUUUUGCGUCAGAUCAGUUCACUGUCAGCCAAGCGCGUCUGGUAUCCCAGUCAUCUCCGAAAGAUGCAGACAGUGUCGUGGUCGUCCCUUGCGCCCCUUUCACAGCACUAUGAUUUUCAUCUAGUAGCAAAAUCGAUCAUGGACUAUGGCAGGCGGCUAUCAAAUUUCUCAGAAGGGGCUGCAAAACUUCAGCUUACCUUUGAUCUCCCAUCAUCCACCGAUCACCUUCUUGAGCGCGCAUCCAUUUGCGCCUCGGCGGUCUAUCCCGAUCAGUAUUCUUUAGCAUUUCCGUCCCGCAACACAGAUUGCAUAUAUCCACCACGCGAGGUCCCUGAUAAACAUGCGGAAGAGAGGGCCUUCAACACAGCCUUCAUGGUACACCAGUGGCCGAGUAGACUUCCGGUGCAACGAAAUUUACUCAGUUUGUUGACUCAGUGGAAAAAGGUUCGGGGUGUUUCCAGGGCCCUCAGCUUACGGUACUCCAAAGACUGGCUUCAGCCGGCUUUUCCCGAUGUCUUCCUUUCUGCGUACGACCGCUGUCGUAGUGCUACGGAGAAUGACAAAUUUCAGCUGGUGUUCACCCUGGCUUCAGUAUCAUACGGCUCAUUGGACACGUACGCACUCAUCCCGACACUCUUAGCCUUCGCCACAGUCCCUCAAAUUCGCAACCUACAUCGCCUGCCAGAGCUCGCCUUCUAUGACAUCUCUGAUGGCUUUAUGCUUACCGAUGCGAGAUUGGAUAGUCUCAUCAAUUCGUGUGCGAUAGCUUAUGAAAGCAGUCCAGAGAGUGGUCUAGCUGCAAUGCCCGGGGAGCGUAAAAAGGCUUUACGAAAGCGUCGUCGGUCAGCUUUUGAUAAUGCAUGUGGUUCUGAGAAGGGAGUCAUUCUCAGCAAAGUUCGGAGCGCUUGGCCAUGCGAAGACCCUCCGAUGCCUAAUGACCUGCAAGCAAGCCGCUUCAAUAUGGGUGAACUGCUGAGGAAGCUGCGUCCAGUGUUUCGUAGUUGUUGGGCAAACCAUUGUUUGAAGGAGCACUUAGAUGUCCAGCAAGUGACCCUCAACCAAUUCUACGCUCCUCAAUCUCCUUCGAAACUACCCUCGCAAUACAUUCCUGAUUCAAAUCUCGGGAAUGUUGCUUUACCAAUCUCAUCUGUUGGUGCCCAGUAUCUUUUUGAUAGGAAUCCACCUGUUAUACACACGCUCAGGUCUUCCCAAGUUCUGCCCAAUUCCACUCGAAGAGAUUUGACAUCUCCAGGUUCCGAAGUCACAACGAGGUUGCAACAGCUGAUCGACGAUUUUCGCGCCCGAGGAAGCAAUAACUUCCACCAGAACUAUGCUAAUGAUUUGGACCACAGCAGAUCAAUUCUCUGUGAAGAAAAGCUCGUUACCCUGCCAGAUCCCACGGCGUACACUAUGGAAGUACUGCUUGAGCACCAUUCUCUGCAUAGCCAGAGAUUCCAAGAUUCACUCGCCACUAUCGUUCACGCCCUCUCCCCUGCUUCUGCCGCCGAGAACGCAUUGUCCAACGCUGGACUGUGGCCCCGAGUUACACCGAACUUUCUUUUCGCUCAGAUGGCAUCCGUAUCCGGAAAUUGUUUGGGAAGGGCAUGGCAUGUGACUCUCGUCCAGAUGUCCCAGACACUUCUCCAACUGCAGCGCUCGCGAAGGCUGUUGGUCCUUGCCGCUCGUAAAAGCUGGGUCGAAUUCUUCAAGGAAUUGGACAACGAAGAAUGCGAGGGAUUUGAUCCUGAGCUGUACCCUGACUGGCUCUUAAUACAGAUUGAAAGUCAGUUCCUGGCACGGCCUGUCCAAGUGAAGGUUGCGCUGGAGAUGAUGUCGCCAUCCACGGGACGAAAUACUUCUCUCCAGCUGAACAUGGGCGAAGGCAAAUCUUAUGUGAUCGUUCCCCUUGCAGCAGCCGCACUUUCUGAUGGCCAAAAGCUGGUUCGAGUCAUUGUGUUGAAGUCAUUGUCUACUCAAAUGUUCCAACUCCUGGUUGAACGAUUGAGUGGCCUUGCGCAGAGGCGAAUUUUCUAUAUCCCAUUCUCCCGCACUUCCUCUAUCAACUCAUUGCAGGUGAAGAUGUAUCGUGACUUGAUGCAAGAAUGCAUGGACGCCAAGGGCAUUUUGGUUGUGCAACCGGACCAUAUCCUAUCAUUCCAGUUGAUGGCUGUUGAUCGCCAGCUGUCCCCUCAAAAGAACUUGAACAGCACUGCUCGAGACAUGUUACAGGCUCAGUUGUGGCUCGACAAUCAUACACGCGACAUCCUAGACGAAAGCGAUGAAAUCCUGCACGUCCGCUUUCAGCUGGUGUACACUAUGGGUCUCCAAAGGUCGCUUCAAGGUCAUCCAGAACGGUGGACGACCACACAACAAGUGCUGAGUCUUGUCGCAAAGCAUGCCGCUCAGCUCAUGAGUGAUUUUCCCUCUCAAUCUACUCACGAGCACGGAGCAUUCCCCUUCAUUCGCAUUCUGCACCCAACAGCAGGUGAAAAAUUGGUCGAAUGGAUCGCACAAGAUAUCACCUGUGGCGGACUCGAAAACCUAAGCUUCGACCAAGCAUCUCUACCAGUGAAGCAAGCUGUCCGUCAGUUCAUCACAAAUGAGAAGAUUUCCAACGACAGUAUCAAUUUAGUGGAGGAUCGCUACAGACACACCACCAUCUGGCCCGGCCUUCUAGUCUUGCGAGGACUGCUGGCAUAUGACAUUUUGGUGUACGCCCUCAAAGAACGUCGCUGGCGCGUGGACUAUGGCCUCGACCCAAAGCGAACGAUGUUAGCCGUUCCAUUCCGCGCCAAAGAUAUGCCCUCACUGCGGGCAGAGUUUGGCCAUCCAGACGUUGCUGUCACCCUCACGUGCCUGUCAUACUACUAUGCAGGUCUCACGCUCCAGCAGCUCAUGUUGUGCUUCGAGCUCCUGUUGAAGCAGGAUAAUCCCACCCUCGAGUAUGAAUCAUGGGUGCUUGGACUUCAGUCCGUCCCAGAAAGCCUCCGGCGCCUUAGCGGAAUCAACACAAAAUCACCAGAGCAGCUCCGCGACCUUCAGAAACUCUUCGGAUUCAACAAGGCAGUCAUAGAUUUCUACUUGUCUCGAGUGGUUUUCCCCAAGGAAGCGAAGGCAUUCCCGAGUAAGCUCACCUGCUCCGGAUGGGAUCUCGCUCAAGAGAAGAGACAUUUUACGACUGGCUUUUCCGGUACCAACGACAAUCGUUAUCUACUGCCAAGCUCGAUCGUGCAGCAUGACCUUGAUUACCAGCGCAGCACAAAUGCCCGAGUCCUAUCAUUUCUUCUGCGCCCGGAGAACAAUUGCUACACAUGCAUACCACCCGGCCAAAAGGUGCAGGAUUUCAUCGAUGCCCUUGUCGCGCAAACCCCCGAGAUCCGCGUGCUCCUUGACGUGGGUGCGCAGAUGCUGGAAUUGAGAAAUCAGGAAUUGGCUGAAACAUGGCUUCGAGUCAAGCACGACGCCCAAGCUGCGGUUUUCGUGAAUGACGACGAUGAAAUUGUUGUUGUCAGCCGGGAUGGGACAGUAGAGCCUCUCGUGUCAUCUCCCUUUGCCCAGCAGCUUGACCAGUGUGUGAUAUAUCUAGAUGACGCGCACACUAGAGGAACGGAUGUCAAGCUGCCUUCCGGCUUCCGAGCUGCUGUCACACUUGGCCCCAAAGUCACGAAAGACCGCCUAACGCAAGGAUGUAUGCGAAUGCGGAAGUUGGGCAAUGGGCACUCAGUAAUGUUCUUCGCUCCAACUGAUGUUGACCGGAGCAUUCGUUCGGCGACCCAGAAAGUUGACAUCAACAAUGUCGAUGUGGCAGAUAUCCUACACUGGACAAUGCUCGAAACAUGUCGUGACAUUCAAAUGCGUGCAUCACACUGGGUUCAACAGGGAUCGGAUUUCAAUACACGACACUCCGCAUGGGCUAAAUUCUCACGUACCCCUACUUCGAUUUCUACUCUGAAGACCACAUGGUUGCAGCCUGAGGAGCGUUCGUUGGAGGAUAUGUAUGCACCAAGUAGUUCCUCACAACUAUUCGGAUUUUUCGAUCCAGACAUUCAAAGAAAGUGCGAAGAACUCGGAUUCCUAUCGGCAUCGGCAAGAAAUAUGGAUGAGGAACAAGAAAGGGAGGUACUUCACGAGGUAGAGAGAGAGCGUCGAGUGGAAAGACCACCCAGGGUCGAACCUGCAACUCAUGUUUUGCAUGCAGACGUCUGUCGAUUCGUGGAGACCGGCCGAAUUCCUACUGGGUCCUCUGCGUUCAUUCAAGCGCUGUCCAGCCUUGUCGGCACUGCCGCUGUAUUUCAUGAGCGCAAUCAGUGGGCACAAAAUGUUUUAGUCACUUUUGACUUCGCCCGUACGGUGGGGAAUCUCUCCGUUCAAAAAGCGGAUGAUUAUCUGCGACCAGUGAAUUGGGUUGUAUCCAGCAAUGUUGGGCGCUCCCCACUGCUGGUGGUCUUGAGCCCGAACGAAGCGAACAUACUGCUACCUGUCAUCCGCAGAAGCAAUGUAGUUCAGCUGUGCAUCUAUACUCCUCGCACCACAAAAACGAUGCAGGCAUGCGAUGACCUUCGCCUCUACUGUGUUCCUUCGACCCCACAGUUGGCACCAUUGAAACCACUGAUUUGCCAGCUUAACCUUUUCGCUGGCCAACUCUAUUUUUCCAACCAAGAGAUGUAUCUCCGCGCUUGCGGCUUUUUAGGGCUCAAUGCACCGGAUUUGGGGGACGAUUUGAUAGUGGACAGCGACGGGUUCAUACGCGAGGAGAAUCGCCCUUCAGCGAGAGCAUCGUGCUCGUUCAAGCGAUCCCAGCUUCCUUCACUGAAGGAGUUGUUCGGAAUGAGGAGAAAAGGCAUGGGGUAUUCGCCGACUCACCUUGGAAAGAUGCUCAGUGGUCGCAUUCUGACCGAGGAGGAUUUUCUCGACUGAGCGCCCGGUCUGUUUAGCCGACUGCAAAUUCUGGUUAACAGCGACUGCAUCAGCACCAACAAAGGUCAUUGGAAUAUCAGUAUGCAGCAUUCUCCGUAAAUCUACCUGUACUCGAAUCUGAAAUGCCAUAGCGUGUUGCUUGAGUAGACGGAUUGCUUCCAUGCCAAUCUACUAACUGU